CUCUGCAGCAGUGCCUCAUGUCCUACCCGAAACACUCCAGUUCCUUGUCCUUCAUCCUGACAGGCAUCCCUGGGCCAGAGGAUGCUCAGUUCUGGAUUGCUUUCCCAUUCUGCACCAUGUACUUCAUGGCAGUGGUGGGAAACAGCACCCUCCUGUGUGUGAUAAAGGCUGAUCCCAGCCUGCACCUGCCCAUGUUCCUCUUCCUGUCCAUGCUGGAAGUCAUUGACCUGGUGAUGUCCACCUCCAUCACCCCCAAAAUGCUGGGCAUCUUCUGGUUUCACUCCACUGCCAUCAGCCUGGAUGCUUGUCUUACCCAGAUGUACUUUGUUCAUGCUUUCUCCGUGGUGGAGUCGGGGGUGCUUGUGGCGAUGGCCUUUGACCGCUACGUGGCUAUUUGCAAUCCACUGCGGCACUUGUCCAUCCUGACCCGCCCUGUUGUGGCUGCCAUUGGCUUGGCUACCUUGCUCAGGGCUGUGGUCUUCAUGAGCCCCCUCACCUUCCAGAUUCGUCGCCUGCCUCUCUGCAGCCCGGCAGUCGUGGACCACUCGUACUGCGAGCACAUGGCCGUGCUCAAGCAGGCCUGCGGAGAUGCUACCUUCAGCAACACCUACAGCCUCUCCAUCUCCACCUAUGUGGUUGGCUUCGACUCACUGCUCAUUGCCCUCUCGUACACGCUCAUCCUCCAAGCUGUGCUCAGCCUCUCCUCCCCACAAGCUCGCAAAAAAGCCUUCAGCACCUGUGGCUCACACCUCUGCAUCAUGGCCCUCUUCUACAUCCCUGGGCUGCUCUCCAUGUACAUGGAGAGGUACCACCAGGAGCUCCCACCCUACGUCCAGGUCUUGUUGGCUGAUAUCUACCUCCUCAUCCCACCGGCUUUCAACCCCCUGAUCUACGGCAUCAGGACAAAGCAGAUUCGUGAUGGAGCAUGCAAGGCGAUCUCCCGGAGGAGAGCCAUAGCAGGAGGGACUGGGCCUGGCCUUCAGGGCACAGGGCUGGGACUCAUGAAGACAAAGCCCAUUCCCUAG